AUGUCUCCGAUCCCAACGCGCAUGCCGGCAACGGCCUCUAUGGCCCCCAGCUCCGCCGCCACAGCAUCGUCAGCCGAUGACGCUAAUGGACUCGAAAGUCGCUGGCCUCUUCGACCGCCGCUGGAUUUCCGCAAAGGCAGCAGCGAGGAAACAGCUCACCCCGCGCAUCAUCGCAGCAGGCACGCUCGCCAGUCCCCCACAUCCGCCUCCUCGCACUCCAGGAGCCACUCCCCGCCCAUUGCCUCUCACUUGGCUUCACAACAGUCCCCGUCUGGCGAACACGGAAGCGAUGGCGCUGCGGCUCCCGUCAUCCCCUGCCAUGCGGUAUCCGCGCUGACGAGCACGCCGGCAGAGCUGUUGUCAGACGGCGUUGCGCUCGAUGCCCUCCACCUCAGAGAUGGUCAAGGACUCCACCACUCCGUUGCCAUGAGCAGCUCAGCGGUGCUGGAACACUAUCACGUACUCGAGCUGGAAGAGCAGCUGCAAUACUGGCGGCAGCGGGCGCUACACAUGGAGAGUCGAGAGCUACAGCGCGAGCACGCGCUCCAGACAUGGUGGAAGGCGGAGUUUGCCACUGCGCAAGCCUCGUCAAAGACGCUCAUACGGAAGCUGCUUGACAAGGUGCACCGUCUUCAAAAACAGCUGAAUCUUCAGAAGACAAUGCGGCAGCACAUGGCGGGGCGAGGGCAACAGUGGAGAAGUAGCAGCGCGUCCAUGGACUCCUCUUCCACAACUCUGAACUCAUUCACUCCCGGCAGCAGCGGCCACCACAUGCAGAAGCAGCAGCGACGGCGUCGUGGUUAUCGUCACAACUCGAGACGGCUAGAGAAGAAGGAUCACUACCCCUCACCACCUACCGCUGUAUGCCACCGCAGCGGCAGUGAGAACGACAGUACGCACGACACACCGAGCAGCUCUGAUACAAACGAUGUGACUCACCUGCGCCGCGUUGUCUCCCAGUUGGCAGACGAGAACGCUUCACUGCUACAGUCGCUCGCUGCGCUGCACUGGGAGCAGCAGGAGUCAGACCGCAACCGCAGCGCUGCAAAUGCCUCAGAGGGCCGUGCCAUGCACAAUGGCAAGCCGCUCACACCAACACUCCAGGCGCACCUCCGCGAACUCUGUCGUGCCGCGCUUGGCUGUAUGUCGCGCAGCAGCGAGCUGCACGAGUGCCGUGCCGCGCUCUACGGGAAAUACACUGGCAAUAAGGAAACGACGAGCAACGGCGAUCUCGAAGUGCAGAAAGGUGCGCGCGUUGUCCAGGCCCUCCUGGACGAGCUAAGUGGACGGCAAGCGAGCGAUGCAUCGUCAUCACUGGUUCAGUCGCUGCUGGUGCUGCGAAGCGCGCUCGAGCACCUCAACGCAGUGCUUCUCGCUUGUGUGGACGACCUAGUACUCGCCAGUAGCCAACUCACGCCCACCUCCCCUGCUGCCUCUGCGCCGCCGCCGCCGCCACAGCAGCAGCAGCAGCCACGAGACGAGCACCGCAGCACAGACCUUGAGCAGCUUCGUCAGGCUCGCGCCGCUCUUUUCCAAGAGCAGCAGCGCCGCGCCACUGCACAUCCGGCUUUGGGUGCCGCCACGCGCGACAUGCAGAAUCUUGCACAGGUGCAGCAGGACAACGUCUCGCAACUCAAGGUUGAAGCGCGCACCUUGGCGGAGCAAGUGCAGCAAGAGUCCCGUGCCGCUCUGGUACACACGCAAGCAGCUCUACAGCGCGACGACGUCGCGACAACGCGUUGCACCAAUGCGGCAGAGCACCAGUCCACGUUGCACGCCCAACGAGAGGCACAGUGGCAGACACAACUGUCGGCGUUGACGGACAAGCGCAACGGCUAUCCCCGGGAAUAUGCGCUGCUGAGGAGUCGGCGUGCAACCCUUCAGCAUGCUCGCAACGCAACCGCAGCAGAGCGGACGGGGCAGCAGCAGGGAAGAGAUGACAAGGUCGCGCUGAUGCGUCAGUCGCAUGCAAACGCUCGCCACCCUGUAGCGCUGCUGUCAAAGCCCGCGUCGGCGGCGGCGCCAAGGAAUGGAGUGGAAGCGAAAGCGACUCGAGCGGCGUCCGAGUUGGAGCUGCUGCCGCUGGGCACCUCCUCAUCUGCGCCACACGUCAUGUGGACUGACGUCCAGCGGAAUCGACUCACGCCAAACACCCAGCCCAGCGGGUUUAGUGGCACAUCAUGGGUACCUCUCAGCCCCAGUCGAUCACUGAGCUACUCGCCUCCGCCGAGUUCCAAUAAGGAACCACAGAACGCACCGGGACCAGGCGCAGGCGACACUGCACGGACACACAGUGCGCGCCUGACAACUGGCGUCAGCACGGCGGAUUCUGGUGCGCCGAGGCUUCUGUCAAACUUUCCCACCCCUCCCAUAGACGUCGUACAGCCGUCAGUGCUCGCGGCGCCAGAGCGUAGCGGCUAUGCCGACGUGAAAGCGCUAGCGCAGCGGCCCUACGACAACAACAGCGAAACAGGAGGAGAGGCCGGUGCGCCUGGCCACUGCACACCUUUGGCGAAGAUGAGGGCAUGGGAGGAGAAGUUCAAGGCCAUCUUGCGCCAUGCGUGA